AUGCCUUCCUGCAGAGCUCCCAAUCGUCCAUUGCCGCUGGGGCCACGCCGUACGGGUAGAAACGAUGCACUCAUAGAAAAAUGGGCCCAGCCGCUCGCCCCAUACAUGGAGCCACUGCCGAGAAGAAGAAUAACAUCAACACCAACAACAAGAGGUCUGGGAAAUGCGGGAGGUCCAAAUAGACGCUCCCGCUCCGCUACUGCUGCCACACAUACAAAUACAAAUAGUAAUACUAAUACUAAUACUACGGCAGCAGCAUCUCGUCAAGAAUUGGGUCAAGGCUGUGCGGGAAAAGAAGGUCCUUCAGUGCACGGCAACAGUAUAGCGCAGCUGAGCGGUGAGGAACAGAGUAUUUGUGAUUUGAUGGUCGGUCUACUGCAGUACAAAUCAGCAGAAGAGGCGCGGCAUAUUCUUGCGGAAGUAAAUCAACUCGCGCAGUCCCGCCGGCUUCUCGCCCUCUACAGUGGUGUAUAUGGAAACAACGGGGAUGCCGGUGAACCAAACAUGUUGGAUAGAAUACGAGAGAGAGCACGUUUACAGUUAAUUCGUCAACUUCAGCAACAACUGCAGGAGGAAGAGGAAGAGAGAGAAAAGGACAAAUCUCAACGCGAGAGGGAUCUUAACAGUGAAGAAGAGAAACAUCGACGACGAUGGCGGAAACUCUUUGGUCGUGAUAAUACAAGUGGAAAUAAAACCCACUCAUCACCGCCAAAAAAGAAACGAGGUCAUCAUAUUCGUAAAUCAGCGCGAGGCACAAAGGCAGCACAGAAGGAAAAAAUAUCACAACAACAACAACAAAAUUCUCAACAAGAACCAAAACAAUAUGAAAGUAAAACAUGGGAGGAAAUUGCCUCCGCUAGAAUAACUUCUGCCGCAGCUGCAGCUGCAGCCACAUCAGAAAGUACUUCUCCCACUACUGCUACUCCUACUACUAACAUUAACAAUACUACUAAUACUAAUACUAAUACUAAUACCAAUACUACUAAUACUUUUGGAGUUGUACCAAACGUCCCACGGAGGGUUAAACGAGCUCAUCGUGUUGCUUCAUUUGAUGAGAGCUGCGCUAAUCGGUACGCUGCCGAGACGGUUUCUGGUGAAAGUGCUUUGAGUCCAACUGCUGCACAUCAAGCAAAUGUAAACACUCCGGAUGAUUCUGUGCGUCAAUCAAUCUCUAUAUCAGUGCUUUCAAGAGGUGGGGAUACUGAUACGGAUGUUGGGGAUCAACAUGUUUUUAAUGAACGUGGUAAGGAUAUGCAUAACACCAAUGACGCACAAAGAGAGGAGAAUGAUACGAUGGGAGUGCCAUUAGAUCUCACUUCCACCGCACGUCCUGUUUCUGAAGGUAUUCAAAUGAAUAGUUAUCCUAUAGUCAGUAUUCCUCAACCACCACCACCAGCAUCAACAGCAGAAGAGGAAAAGCAGCAGCAGCGGUUGUCUCCCGACCCGGAAGAAAUAGAAGAUGAGGUAAUAGAUGAGGUAACUAGCGUUAGCAAUAGCAGUGAUGUUAGUAAGAGUGAAAACAAAGAUAGAGAAAAGGAAUUAAAUGAAAGAAGAGAGAAAGAGGGGGUGAAACCGUCACUCACAACAGAAAAUGGGAAUGUACCACUAUCGAAUCCUACAUGGGAGUUAGAUGACGAUAAACUACCAUGGGAAAUAUAG